CACCACCACCACGACGACUUCGUGCCACUCUCUUCGCGGCCGCCUGCCGCAACAUCCACACGGGGGCUCCCACCACCCACACACCACUACCACACACACAUCACACACCACCACCAGCAACUCCUUCAUGGCUGACGACCUGGGACAAGACUGGUGGCUGCAGGAGAGCGUCGCGGAGCAGCGGUCAGACGCCUCGGAAGAGGAGCCGGAGGAGCACGAGGAGGAGGAUGCGCAACCGAAGCCAAAGAAGAGCAAGAAACGGGAGAAGGGAGGCGAAAAGCCUCCCGAGCCAGGCGAGCCGCCUGGCAAAGGUGGCAGCACCAAGAGUGGCACCAAGGGCGGCACCAAGCAGAAGGUUCCGAGGCCCGAAGUGGCGGUGCCCGUAAUCGUCACUGAAGAGGAGCCCAAGAAGAAGCGCAAACGCAAGAGAAAGACGAUCACGGACGUGCUGGCGGCCUCGGAGCCUGCAAGAGGGAAACCCGAAGACCUGCGGCAAUGUCUGCUCGCCCACUUCCAAGUGCUCUCUGUGGUCGAGAUGGAGGAGAUGGCCCUGUCCGAUGCAAACUUUCUGCCCUCCAGCGACGCGACGCACACAGUGUCUUCCUACCUCAAGGAAGUAUGCCCCAAGUGGGCCAAGCUGUGGCGCGGCCACACGGACACCAAGCGUCCACUGGCGAUCGUCGUAUGCAGCUCCGCACUCAGGGCCCUCGAUGUCAUGAGACAAGCGGCAGCUUUCAAAGGAGACUGCAGAGUGGCCAAGCUGUUCUCCAAACACAUUAAGGUGGAGGAGCAGAUUGCCUCGCUCGCAAAGCUGCCGGUACACCUGGCCGCAGGCACUCCCGGACGCAUCAAAAAAAUCCUGGACCUCGAUGGCAUGACGCUCGACUCCCUCAAGUACCUUGUGUUGGACUGGAACUGGAGAGACCAGAAGCUGCGUCGUCUGAUUGACAUCCCCGAGGUUAAGACGGACGUUUUGGAGCUGCUCCAGAAAUUCAUCAUUCCCACGGCGAGAAGGAGCUCGGCUAAAAUUGGCCUCUUCUAGCGGAUGCAGUGGCGCGAGCGACCGUUGUGCCCGGGCUUCGCACGCGACGUCUCCGCAGCGGGGGGAGGGGGGCAGCUCUCCGUUGGCCAGCGGACCUCGAGCGCCACAAAGCCCAUUGCUGCCUCCUCCGUCCACGAAAAAUAAAUAAACAACAAAGAUUGCUGACAAAGGGCGAGCACUCGCAAGCAGUUCCACAAAUUCCAGACGCACGUUGCAGACAGUUUAAAGACGUGGGUGACCUUCGGCGUAGUCACGAAGUGACCGCUUUGUUACGUGGACGUUUGUACGUCGAACGAUCAGGACUGUAAUCGAGAUACUCGUUGUUUUUUUUCCGGUAAAGUCACGUAGGUAAAAAAUAAAACAAAUGAAAACAACUAAAUUAAAUCACGACGUCGUGAUUUAAUUUAGUUGUUUUCAUUUGUUUUUUUAUUUUUUGCAAGGAUUCAUACUCUUUGUUUUUUUCCGGUAAAGUCACGUAGGUAAAAAAUAAAACAAAUGGAAACAACUAAAUAAUAUCACGACGUCGUAAAUUUAAUUUAGUUUUCAUUUUUUUUUAUUUACCUACGUGACUUUACCGGAAAAAACCAAAGGGUAUGAAUCCUUGCAGUCACGAAAGCUUCAAAUCUAGAAUGUAAUCGAGAUGUCAGUGUUGUGUUCAUCUUUCUUGACAAGGGAGAAAUUCCCCAUGAAAUAGCACGUGUAAGCGGAACUCCAUUCUAUAUCUUGACAUAAUAAAAAUAAUAAAAAGCAUUGUUUGUUGUCCCAUCAAUGUGAUCGAGUAGCAUUUGCUUAAGCAAGGAAGUUCUGGGCCAAUGUAAACAUUCUGGGCCUUAUCAGCAGUGAGGCCUGGAUUACCAGAUUUUAUAAUACCGCAGUGACAGGCGUA